UCACAUGACAUGUCACAUGAUCAUGAGACACAGUGUCCAAAAAUCAUGAAAUUUCUUGAUUGAUGGAAUGGAAUCUAUUACCGAAAAACUCCGGAAUACUCUGGAACCAAGUGGUUUUGAGAUUCACCCUUUUAAGGUUGGAUGGUAUAAUGAGAAGGUGAAAGCUGUCUUCCAUCUGUCAUAUCCCGAGGAUACUUUGGCCUUUUGUAUCCUCAGCUCGCCCUCUAUGUUCGACAAGGCCUUUUUGCCAUUUGUUGAAAGACUGAAAUGCCAGAGUGUGAUCGAGAACAGAGACCCCAUUGACUCAUGUGUAGCAGAGCAACUCCUAAGAGCCAAAGAGGCUUUAAAACCAGACCAUGAAGUGGACAUAAUCCAGGACUUUGAGAUGCAUCCCGUGACCAGGAGACCUAAACUCUUGGUCCAAACAGCAGGCCAUGUGUCCGGAGCUGCAUUCUACUACAAGAGAGAUAAUGUCUGCAAUGGUCCUUGGGAUGCAAAGAAGAAAAUCUAUGGAGUCAGCAUCCAUCCUAGGUAUGGCGGCUGGUUUGCCUUUCGAGGCGCCAUCAUCUUCAAGGACACCAUAUGCAGCGACCUACGACAAGCGGCUCCUGACCAGCCUCUGACAACCGAUGAAGAUAUCAUUGACCUUUUAGAGAAGUUCAACUUCCAUUGGAAAGACAAUACAUUCAGGGAUGUGAUACCUGCCCAGGAUAAGUAUUCACCGGAGCAGAUUUGCUACUGGAACACCGCACCUUCCAAACGUUUCGCCUUGCUUGGGAUCGAGGAUAAGGUGGAAUCGAUAUCCAGCUUCCAAGACCUUCAUGAAAACAUCUUUUAAGCUUGAAAUGUCUUCUCAUUUUGUAAUGGAUGCGUUUACUUUAUGGAUUUUUUUUACUUGGCUGAGCAUACUCAAAUGAAAUGAAUAUUUUGUGCAAUAAAUUCUAUUCACGAUGUAGUCACGUAAGUGCCCUUUUUUACAAAUAUUUAUAAGGAAGACAAGAAAUUAUGAUGGAAUAAAUAUUGAUGUAUUUAGACCGUUGCUGUUUAUGUCAUCCAAGACGCAAGUUUGCAGCAGUUUGCUUUAAUUACAUCAUAUAUCAACACAAAAAUACAAAUUAUGUGAACACUCUUGUUUGUGUAAAAAAUGGAAAUACAGCUAAUUUACCAUUAAAUGGGAGCCCCAAAUUUGCCAAAAGUUGAAUCGCAAAAUUUCACUUCAAUUUUAUAAUGAUACGAAAGAGGAUGGCAUUAGGCACACACUCCUGCAAAGAUUUUUCAACAAAAAAAACGUCUUUGAAGUCGAAUAUUGAUUAAACAAUACAAAAUUUGGGUUUUCUGUUCGUAUCAUUAUACAAUUUAAGUGAAAUUUGGCCACAACAUUUUGGGGGCUCCCAACACUUAAGAGGGGCUUUAAGCUAUUACACAAAACAUGUACUGAAGACACACAAAAUGAGAGAGAAAGGGAGAGAGAGAGAGAGAGAGAGAGAGGAGGGGUAGAGUAGAGGAGAGAAAAGUGUAGAGUUUCUAUUAAAAUGAAAAUGUGUACAAUACAAAAUAAUUAUAUACUAGUAACAGAGAAUAUCAAUCAAUGUGUUUGCAGGUGGAUCGUGUUCUCAUUUAAUAAUUAUAAUUAACCAACUACUCCAUGGCAUUCUAAAGAAUUGCCCAUGGUCCAGCAUUUCCUCCAGUGACGUUUACACUUUUGAUUUGUCCAGGAUAAUGGUUAGGGAUUGGGCAACAAAUUUGGUUUUGGAGGCUUUGUAUUUAGGCAUGGGUAAGGUAGCAUGUUGAGCCAAGAGUUGAAGGAAGACAAAAGUUUCUAGAAUUGACCGUGGCACAAUUUUUGAUGGCAUAUAUGGCAUACUAAUAAGUCACCAGCAGUGAUUUCAUUGAAAUUUCACAUUACGAACAUACACAGAAAACUGUCCAUCUUCAGAUUUCCAAUAUUCUUUUCUUCUCAUUUCGAAUUAUCAGUGAAUCAUUACAAGUAUUUCAAAACAUUUGUGAAUACACAACGGUUGUUUAAUAUGCUUUCAGUAUCACAUCAGUCACUCCAUUAUAACUAUUGCAAAUCAUAUUCAGCAAAUACAUGUAUUUCUAUUCUUAAAUAUAUUAAUUACAAAAUAAUUCUCAUUUUUUAAAGGUAUGUACAGGACCUUUACAUGAAAUCUAUUAAUUCACAUAUGGAUACAUAUUAGUACAGUAAAAUGAAGAACAAUAUUGUUAUUUUAUAUGAUGACUGAACAUAAGGAUGGUAGAAUACCAAAAUUGCAAUGCAAAAUAAAGGUGUGUUAAUAGUA